AUGAGGAGAAACUUUGAUUCUGCUUUUGGUGUUGAAUAUUUUUCUACCAAUAUACUUAAUAGUGCCAAAUAUGAAAUUGAACGUGUCAAUAGUGUCAUGGAUUCUAACCCCAAUAUUUGGAUUCCUGUUUCUCUUCCUCCAGAUUUUCUUGGUAAUCAUGGCAAAGUUUUGAAUCCAACACCUCUUAAUUUCGUUUAUCCGGACCAUGAUCAUGAUGGUCCUCAUCAUUAUGCUGAUGUGUUUUCUUUGUCAUCAAAGCAAAACCAUGUUCCCCAAGAUCGUCGAUCUUUGAAGAAAAUUCUCAAACCAACCAAAACUUUUGAUUCUGAAGAAGAUAAGAAAAGUGGUGAUGAUAAGUAUGAUGGUCGUACACAUAGUAUACCACGUGAAAAAAAUGGUCCAUAUACAUGUCCCAAAUGCAAUGAGGUGUUUGAUACUUCUCAAAAAUUUGCUGCACAUAUGUCACUACACUACAAGAGUGAGACGAACAAAGAAAGAGCUCGGAGACUUCGUGCAAGGAACAAAAGAAAAUAUCGUAAGUUCAUGGCGACUCUCAGAAGACCAAAACAGAGAAUGGAAUUGGUAGCAGUUGAAUAA